AUGUGCCUGAAGCGGGCGGAAAGCGAGCGCACCAGGCUCAACAGGCAGCUGGCGGUCAGCGAGUUCAAGCUGUUCCUCAAGCGCCACGGAAAAGGAGCCACGAUCAGAACAGCGAAGAGUCAGCACGUCGCCAUGUUCGUUGUUUUACUACAACGACUGGCCAACGUGGCGCCAGCUACCGCGAUGAGGCGGGUGUCAGACCUGUCCACCUACUACCAGCUGCGAGGGUGGACCAACCCGUGCCUCAUGGCAGACGGCUGCAGACCACUGGUGAUCCAGAAGGUUGGACGCGGAAUGGAGAGCGCAAUGAGCCACAAGCACACGCAAUUGACCAUGGAACCCGUGAGACUCCACCACAUCAGACAAAUCAUCGAGGGCAGCAAGACGACGGCCCGGUCGGAGGCGUUCAUGGUGGCGAUGGUGGUCAUGUACGCCAAUGCAAGAUGGCCGCAGACCCUCCUCGGGUUGCGCACGGCGGACAUUGUCGAGAUCAAACCAGGCCUGGUCAUCUACCAGCAGUCCACCAAAUUGGUGAAGAUCAAGCCUGAGAGAUUCAUUGUAUCAGACCCGCCUCAGGACGACAAGGGCAACUUCCUGCCAGCGACGUGGCUCGCACAGCUGGUUCGGAGGAUGAAAAAGCAGGGCAAGGACAAGGUCUUCGACGAAAUCACGUACAAAGGGUUUGCCGAGGAGCUUGGUACAGCCGUCAAGGAGGAUUGCCCCGAUCUCGACCACGAGAGGCGCUGUUGUCCCCCUUCGGGCCACAGCACAGUCACGGGCGGUGAUCAUGAAAAGAGAGAGAGAGAGAGAGAGAGAGAGAGAGAGAGAGAGAGAGAGAGAGAGAGAAGUGCAUUUGCUGGAGCUCGGCAGAGGUGCUGGAGCUGGAACAGGACGCCAGGGGUUGGGCUGGAGCAUGAGUUGGAGCUAGAGCUGGAUUGCGAGUUUGUGCCGCAACAGGACCAGGGCAGAGCUGGAGCCUGCGAGGACUCAGAGGCUCAGGCAGAGGGCAGCUCAACCAUGGCGACGGCAGUGCUACGUCGUGCCUGUUAUGAUGUGGGGUCUGGCAAAAGCAAGAUGAGCGUUGUCGAAGUUCGGGAUGGGCAGCUUGAGCGCGUCGUCUUCUCUAAGCAGUAUGACGUCCAGUACAGCCACGAUCUAGCAAAGAACGGCAAUGGCCAGCUUUCCUCGGAAAUUUUGAGUGUUGGCAUGGAAGCCCUCGCUCAGCUCCAGAAAGAGGCACAGGCACAUGGUGCAACAGUUUCGGCAGGUGUUGCCACAGCGGUAUUCCGAAAGGCCAGCAACGGCUUGGCGUUUCUGGCGGACGUGCGUCGGAAGCUGCAAAUCAACGUAGACGUGGUGUCCCAAGCUGUUGAAGGUUAUCUGGGUUGGCGCACGGCGCAAAGCUGUGUGUCAGCCAAUCGUGUGUCUGCAGCGCAUCUAGUUUCCUACGACUCGGGUGCGGGUAGUUUUCAAAUUGCCUGCCUAGCCGAUUCCGCACUUUCCUCUACUCCCGACAACCUACUGGUCCACGAGGGCCCGUGCGGCUCCAUCUUGGCGUUGGAAAAGCUGGUCUGUGGCGUCCGCCACCAGCACAUGCGCGACGUGCUCUCCCCCAACCCCGUCAGUCCGGAUGAGGCGGCUCAGGUCGGGGCCCUCUUGCACCGACACUUGGAGGACAGCGACUGCACCAUGCCGCCAGCGUUGCGCGAGCGCCUAGAUCACCCAAAGACCGUGGCCGUUUCCAUUGGCGAAGAAACAUCCAUUUUCAACGUGGCCUGUCUCUUCCUUGAUGGCGACAACGUUUUGACCCCAGACAAGGUACACCAAGCCAUGCUUCGGGCCACUGGCAAAAGUGAUGCAGAGCUCAAGAGCAUUUGUGAGCUGGAGCCUUACCUUAUUGUGCCCAAGCUGUGCCUCUUGGAGACGGUCCUUCGAUGGGCUGGCAUUGCACAGCUCGAGUAUCAUUGUGUCAUGGGCAACUGUAUUGGUGUUGCCCUGUACGAAGCCCUCUGGGAGCAGGCGCCGGCAACUCUGUAGCUGUGCAGACGCUCGGCCCAUGUCAUCGUUGCCAAAGGAAAUGAGCCAGUACCUGCACGCCGAUCCAAAUGCACGCCGAUCCAAGGGAUGCGAUACAUGGAAAUCAAUGGUCGGACAAUCACUGUCAAAGUCGCAAUAGACACUCAAACAAGUCAAACGAGUUUGGAUGAUAGACAAGGUUGACAUGCUCGUGCAAGGAUAUUUCCCGAGUGCGAGGCAACCAUCCGAUCAGGCGGUCGCGACAGAGGGUUGUGGUUGAAUGAGCGCGUUCCAGGGGUCGCUGACAGCUGCUUCAAGCGUACGCGCAUCUAGCUCAAAAAAUCGCGAGUGGGCACCGCUUGCUGCAGCAUGAUGGUCGCUAGGGUUGCGGUCGCGGAGACUUUGUUCUUGAACGGCCAUGGCUGGAAACGCAGCCUGCUCGUCUGGGUUGAGCAAGGCCUGCCAGGGGUCUCGCACCGCAGCAAGGAUGUCAAAUGCGAUGGGAUGCCCAGCACCACCACGUGACUGGAAGUCGUGGCGUGGCCGCUGUUGAUGAUGACCAAAGCCCCCUCGACCAUGCCCCCGCCCAUGACCUCCUCGUCCAUGACCUCGUCCAUGGCCUCGGCCUCCACGACCCCGUCCGCGACCACCGCGUCCCGCACCCGUUGGACCAUGGCCACCGUGCCGAGGCUGAAAGCUCGGAAACGGUGGCGGGACGCCUGGAGCUCCACUCAUUGCAAAGUGCCGACCAUUUCCACCAGCAUCACCACCGCCGCUGCCGCCCCCUCGCCACUUGGCC